ACGGCUGUAACGAAUCUAUUAGCAAUCGAACGUUUCUGAUUUUCGAUUUGCAGCGAUAUAAACCUUCUCUCUCCUUCGCUUUCAUAAACCCUUACCAUACCCUAACCUGAAAUUUUUAGGGUUUUAGUCAGUCCCCGAGUUGAGAGAAGGAUCGAGCUAUACCGAAGGUUAUUGCAAUGGCUUUCUUUAGUAAACUUGGGAAUAUACUCAGGCAAUCUGCAACUAAGCAGAUUAGUUCUGAAGUGUCUCCCUUUAAGCUCUCCAUGUCCCAAGCGGUAAGAUGCAUGUGUUCAAUGGCAAGUUCAAAGCUUUUUAUUGGAGGUAUAUCAUAUCAGACAGAUGAACAAAGUUUAAGGGAAGCUUUUGCAAAGUAUGGUGAGAUUGUUGAUGCAAGAAUUAUUGUUGAUCGUGACACUGGUAGAUCCAGAGGAUUUGGAUUUGUCACUUUCACUUCUAGUGAAGAGGCAUCCAGUGCUAUCCAGGCUUUGGAUGGACAGGAUCUUCAUGGUCGACGAGUAAGGGUGAAUUAUGCCACUGAUAGGCGUGCUGGAGGUGGUGGUGGCUACGGUGGCGGCGGCUACGGAGGUGGCGGCUACGGUGGCGGUGGCUAUGGUGGCGGUGGCGGUGGCUACGGAGGUGGUGGUGGCUAUGGAGGUGGCGGUGGCUACUCUGGAGGUGGAGGUGGUUAUGGUGGUGCUGCUGCUGGGGGGAGCUAUGGAGGCAGUGGUGGUGGUGAUAGCUUCGGAAGUGGAGGAAGUUAUGGUGCAAGUAGUGGUGCCAGUUAUGGUGGAAAUUCAGUUGACUAUGGUAACAACACUGGGAGUUACAAUGCCGCUGCUGGUGCCCCCAGCACAGAUAACUUCUCUGGCAGUUUUGGUGGCAGUGGAAAUUUUGGUGUUGGAUAUGAUGCAAGUACUGGUAGCAGUGGAAAUGCUGGUGGGGACGAUUCUUUCGGAGAUAACAAACCAGAUGCUCCUUUGGAAGGAAGUUACAGGGACGACGAUGAUACUAAUGACUUUGCCAAAAGAGCUUGAGAAAAGAAAUUAAUGGUGGGGAGUGGUGCAUAUUGCUUUCUUUCAAUGUUAAGUAGACUGCUCGUUCUUUUCCUCCCCUCUCUUAUAAUUCUUUUCUUUUUUGUUAUAGCUUGUUAGUGUCUUCGACCCCCUUUGUGACCGAAUUGUUUAUUUUAUUUUUUUUGGUUUUGGCUCUCAGACUUGGACUACAGAUGCAGGGUUAUAGACUGCUCCCUAUGAUAAAAUCUGAAAUAAUUCUGUUUUUAAGGGUUAUAACGAAGAUGUGCAUUUGGUGAACUGAAUUUGUUUUUGGAUACUUCACAAGAGUUAAUAUAUGCAGUGUAAUCAAUCAAUUUAAGAAUAUUGGUUCGCUUAUUUUUCUUCU